AUGACAUCAUCCUCUGCUCCUCUUCUGCAAAGAAAUGACCUUGACCUCGUCUCAGAGGGCCCUCGCCAUCCCGCCCAUAUGGCGACUACAACCCUCAGCGUGGAUGGAAUGACCUGUGGCGCGUGUACCUCCGCUGUCGAAUCUGCUUUUAAGGGCGUCGAGGGUGCAGGAGCUGUCUCCGUGAGCUUGAUGAUGGGCCGCGCCGUGGUUCACCACGAUCCUCUAGUUCUCUCCGCGGAAACGGUUGUGGAGAUGAUAAAAGAUCGCGGGUUUGACGCUACAAUUUUGGCUACGGAUCUGCAGCGCCAGGGCUCGAGAGAGGUCGGAGGACAAGGUGAGAGUUGCUUUCUUGAUAUCGACCCCGAUAUGCCGUCUAUCACAACUACGACCCUUCGAGUCGGAGGGAUGACUUGCAGCUCUUGUACGUCUGCAGUGGAAGGAGGUUUGGCGAAUAUACCUGGCGUCAAUUCCGUAACAGUGUCACUACUGUCCGAAUGUGCAGUUGUGGAGCAUGAUACAUCCCUAAUCCCUCCGGAGAGAAUCGCUGAAAUCAUUGAAGAUCGUGGCUUUGAAGCCAAAGUCUUGGAGAGCAAGACGACACAGCAGAAAUCGACUUCAUCACGAGGCAAAUCUGUAUCCAGGAGAAAAGCAAACCGCGUCACUACAACCAUGUCUAUUGAAGGAAUGACUUGCGGAGCCUGUACUUCCGCAGUCAAGAAUGCGCUUAGAAACCAGCCUGGAUUGUUUCGUUUCAAUGUCAGUCUCCUAGCCGAACGUGCUACAGCAGUUCAUGAUCCUUCAAUCCUACCCGCAAUGACGAUUACCGAACUGAUACAGGGAGCCGGUUUUGAUGUGCGCAUUGUCUCUUCUCAAGAAGACGACAGCAUCCUGCCCCACACGUCAGCAUUAUUGACGUUCAAUAUCUAUGGCUUGGCAGACGCAACAGCGGCUACGGACCUGGAGAACAUACUUAAAGGAACGGACGGCGUCCUAUCCGCGGAUGUCAAACUAUCUACUUCCCGUGCUUCUAUCACAUACUCCCCUUCCCGACUGGGGAUUCGUGCACUGGUUGACAUUGUUGAACGGGCAGGAUACAACGCGCUAUUAGCGGAGUCAGACGAUAGCAAUGCCCAGCUUGAAUCCCUCGCCAAGACAAAAGAGAUUCAAGAGUGGCGGAGAGCGUUUUGGUUCUCUUUUUCCUUUGCAGUUCCUGUGAUGUUGGUCUCCAUGUUUAUUCCAAUGUAUCUUCCGGCUAUCGAUAUCGGGAAGUUCGAGCUUAUUCCUGGCUUAUUUUCCAGGGAAAUUAUUUGCCUGCUCCUUACCAUUCCUGUUCAAUUUGGCAUCGGGAAACGGUUUUAUUCAUCUUCUUUCAAAUCACUAAAGCAUGGCUCCCCAACAAUGGAUGUACUGGUCAUGCUUGGUACCUCUGCAGCUUUCUUUUUCAGCGUUCUCGCAAUGUUAGUGUCGGUAUGCUUCGAACCUCACUCUCGACCAAUGACCGUUUUUGAAACCAGCACUAUGCUCAUUACAUUCAUUUCUCUUGGUCGGUGGCUAGAAAACAGAGCGAAGGGCCAGACAUCUCGUGCCUUGUCUCGUUUGAUGUCCCUUGCUCCUUCUAUGGCAACAAUAUACGAUGAUCCUAUAGCGGCAGAAAAACUUGCUGAAGGAUGGAACUCUAAGGCGUCGGAACCAAUCGAAAAUGACAAGACAUUCCAUGCCACGGUGUCGACUGGCCAGAAGACUAUCCCUACGGAACUGAUUCAGGUUGGCGAUAUUGUCUGUCUACGACCCGGUGACAAAGUUCCCGCGGAUGGAGUCGUUAUUCGAGGUGAGAGCUAUAUCGACGAGAGCAUGAUUACCGGCGAAGCUAUUCCUAUUCGAAAGAUCAAGAGCCACCAAGUGAUGGCUGGGACAGUCAAUGGCUCUGGCUGGGUUGAUUUUCGCGUUACUAGGGCUGGUCGGGAUACGCAAUUAAGCCAGAUAGUGAAACUAGUCCAAGACGCGCAAACAAGUCGUGCUCCAAUUCAAAGAAUGGCUGAUAUAGUUGCUGGUUAUUUUGUUCCAACCAUCAUUAGCCUUGGAGUGAUCACAUUUGUUGGGUGGAUGAUCCUUAGCCACGUUCUUCCCCACCCACCACAGAUCUUCCUUGCCAAUGGAAGUGGCGGGACCUUCAUGGUCUGCUUGAAGCUUUGCAUAUCCGUUAUUGUUUUUGCAUGUCCCUGUGCUCUUGGGCUCAGUACCCCGACUGCUGUCAUGGUAGGGACUGGUGUCGGUGCAGAGCAUGGAAUCUUAGUCAAAGGUGGAGCGGCUUUGGAAGAAGCAACUAAAGUAAACCAUGUCGUGUUUGACAAAACGGGGACAUUGACUAUGGGUAAAAUGAGUGUGGUAGAGGCUAAAUUGGACCCAGCCUGGUCUUUCAACGACUGGAGUCGUCGUCUAUGGUGGUCGAUCGUUGGUCUUGCUGAGCUAACCAGUGAACAUCCCAUUGGCAAAGCCAUUCUCGCAAAGGCCAGGCACGAAGUUGGAGCGCUAGAUGACAAACCACUCGACGGCAGCGUGGCCGAUUUCGAAGCAGCUGUGGGGAAAGGAGUUUCUGCUAUAGUUGAACCCACGGCAAAGGAUGACAGUGUUCGACACCGUGUCCUUGUCGGGAACGCACCCUUUUUGCGUUCCAGGAAUAUACCUGUUCCCAAAUCAGCGGGUUCCGACUUCCAACCUGUCAAAACCACGACUGCAAUAUCCACCCAACCGAGAAAAGAUAGCGAAGGUACAACUGGAUCCACGCUAAUCCAUGUUGCCAUCGACGGUAAAUACGCUGGCACAAUCACGCUCCAAGAUACAUUGAAACCAACAGCAACAGCUGCCGUAGCCGCCCUUCAUCGAAUGGGUCUGACGACGUCCCUUAUAACAGGCGACUCCUACAACACUGCAAUUGCAGUGGCCUCAGCCGUUGGCAUUCCUGCCUCUUCAGUCCACGCCUCCGUCACCCCCUCCGAAAAACAAUCCAUCAUCGCCUCCCUCCAAAAAAACCCCUCAACCAUCGUUGCAAUGGUAGGAGAUGGCAUCAAUGACUCCCCAGCCCUCGCCACCGCCUCAGUCGGCAUAGCUCUCGCCUCUGGCACGGACGUAGCCAUCGAGGCAGCUGAUAUCGUCCUAAUGCGGUCCGACGACCUCCUCUCCGUCCCCGCAAGUCUCUGUCUCUCCCACUCAAUUUUCCGCCGCAUCAAACUUAACCUUCUGUGGGCCUGUCUAUAUAAUGCCAUCGGCAUACCAUUCGCCAUGGGCCUAUUUCUCCCCUUUGGUGGAAUCUCAUUACAUCCCAUGGCAGCAGGCGCCGCAAUGGCCGCGUCAAGCGUUAGUGUCGUCGUCAGCAGUUUGCUCUUGAAGUUUUGGAAGCGGCCUGGUUGGCUGAACGUUGAGAAACUGGAGCGGGAAGUUGAGCUGGGUUUGAUCGACAAUACUGGCCUGGGCCGUGCUGGGCGCGGGUCCUGGUGGAGAAAGAGUCCGUUUGCAAAUGACGGAAGAAGUCGAGCUCGACGGGGUUUUGCGUGGUUCGUUGCUGUUGUUUCAGAUGCCAUAACUAACAUUACCGGGAAGCGGAGGGCCGCUGUUGACGAUGAGGGAUACGUGCCUUUGAGGACUGUUGAGCCUGUUUCUGUAUAG